AUGCGGCACAAGAAAACACACUGCACCGCAACUGUAAAAGGCGCAAUGCUAGAACUACCUGUCGAGCUACAGCGAAAUUGCAUCGAAUUUCUAUCUAGCGACGUGACGACUCUCAAGGCCGUUCGCUUGAUAAACAAAUUGCUCAACGAAUUAGCAUCGGAGACUCUGUUCCACACAGUAUCCUUCACAAACAACAAGAACAGCCCUCCCAGGUUCACACAAACUGCCAAUUCCUCCUUACGCAAACAUAUUCGCCAUGUCAUCAUCACUACUUCCGACGAUCCCGACCCCAGGUUACCAAUCUACAGGAUACCCACCAAGAUUCUCGGUGCUUUCAAAGACGCUAUCGCAUGA